CGGCUCCAUGGAGGCCUUUGUCAGAGCUGGGGUAUGGAUCCGAAGGACAUGGCGGAGCCAAAUCAAGCGACGACAUCGUACACCGACUUCCUGUUGCAGACCGUCCAUACUUCGAUGGACAUGUGCACCACGUCCGUAGCAGCUGCCAUGAUGGGAGUCAAGGGUGCAAAUCAGACGGCAGUGGGUCCGCAAACGGGGGUAAUGUCAGAUGUAGGGAGGGUGGAAGUGCAGAUUGCAGAGAAUGGCCUCAGAAGAGGAGGAAGAAGAAGAGAACCCGGAGGGUUGGAAGUUGAAGAUGGUGGGCUGUGUGAUGAGGCUGUCUAUGAGGGCAGGAGCAGGGAAGAUUUUCAAAGGAGGAAAACGAGUAGAUAUGCUGUCGGACGAGUGAUGGCCGCCAUGGCUCCCUGCAUGCAGCUCUACGCGUUUCUUGGCAGUUCUGUCAAAGCAGCUCUGAAAAGUAUACCAGAUGAACAUCCAUAUGCUGACUGGAUCAGGGUGUAUGCAUCCGUGGACUUCGAGACGGCAAAUUGAACCGGGAGUGCAGAGAACAGGGGGCAAAACGUGUUUACACAUUCAUUCUUGAUCAUACUUGCGGCGCAUCACGUGCGCGCGUGCGGCGCAUAGCGCACGUGCACGUGAUGCGGCACAUCCCGGUAAAUAGGGGUCAGUAAAAAAAAAUUGUACAAAUUAGAAAUGGAAAGGGAAAACAAAAUUGGGCCGCGUUG